AUUUUAUUUAAAUAAAAAUGGGCAGAAGACCAGCAAGAUGCUAUAGAGUGAGUAAUGGUAAACCAUUCCCCAAGUCCAGAUAUAACAGAGGUGUUCCAGAUGCUAAAAUUAGAAUCUAUGAUGUCGGAAGAAAGAAGGCCAACGUUGAUGAAUUCCCAGUAUUGAAUAAUUAAUAUGAAUUAGGCUGCCAUCCACAUUGUUUCAGAUGAAAAGGAACAAAUCUCAUCAGAAGCCUUAGAAGCAUGCAGAGUCGCCAUCAAUAAAUAUAUGAUUAAGAAAGUCGGAAAAGACGCAUUCCAUCUUAGAUGCAGAGUCCACCCAUGGCACGUACUCAGAAUCAACAAGAUGCUUUCAUGUGCUGGUGCAGAUAGACUUUAAACUGGUAUGAGAGGUGCCUUCGGUAAACCAAAUGGAUUAUGUGCCAGAGUCAAAAUUGGCAGCAUUCUUUACUCUUUGAGAUGCAAGGAUGCUUCAAUCAAUCACGCUAUGGAAGCUUUGAGAAGAGGAAAGAACAAGUUCCCAGGAAGAUAAAAGAUUGUUGUCUCAGCCAAAUGGGGAUUCACUAACUAUUUCAGAUCUGACUAUCUCAAAUAUAAGGCUAAUGUAAUAAUACAAUAUAUUAAUAUAUAGGAUGAAUUAUAAUACUAUGGUACUCACGUUCACAAAUUGAGAUAACAUGGUAAAUUGGAUAAAUUGAAGAUUUUCUAAGCCCUAAGAAAAUGAUUUGUUGAAAUAAUCACAUAAUAAAUAUAUUAAAUUAUUUUAUUUGUUUAAU